AUGAUAGAAGAUAACAAGAGUGUUGAUUCAUACAACCAUGCAUCUAGGAGUGUUGCUUCUAGGAGCGUCAACACUCCAUCAGAGUAUGGAUCCGCUGCCAAUGAAACUACGUUCGACUCAAGCAACGAUAGCGGAAUAACACCUCCGCUUCCAACCCACAUUUACCAUGCACCCGAAGUUGCCAAGAAAGAAGACACUUUCAUUAAUCGGGCCAAAGUGUUGGUAGCAGCAGCACUACUCAUCGCUGUCGUGGCUGUAGCAGUCUCGACUUACUUGCUAGUCUCAAAUCAAGAGAAAGAGGGCUUCGAAAACCAGUUCGCUGGCCAUGCAUCGGAAGUUGCCACUGUAGUACGUCAAAGGGCAGAAAAGUUGUUUGAAUCAUUGGAUUCUGCAUCUGUCAUGAUCGCUUCCGAAGCCUCUUCACAAAGCGAAGCUUGGCCGUAUGUCACUGUUGACCAUUGGUCUUCGAAAGCAGAAAGACUGAUCAAGCUUGGUGGAAUAGGGCAAUCUACGCUUGCUUUGGCACCUAUCGUUCAGCAAGAGAUGGUAAACAAUUGGACAAGAUAUGUCGAGCAACAGGCUCCAUUAUGGUAUCAAACGUCCAACCCCAACAAGACGCUUGAAGACCUGAUUAUUCACACUAUUCCUUAUGUACAUACAUAUACUGCCGACAGCGUCGCUGCAACACCAGUCGAACGAGAAGGCCCCGUUGUGCCUAUUUGGCAGUCCUAUCCACUCAAGUUGGGUGAUAUAUCCCCAACAAUUGAAGAUCUUCCGACCAAUUAUGAUAUUCUUGAAGGCCUUGAUGGUGAGACUCAUUUGGUUGAAGCCACCAGGACAUCUCUGAAGCCAGCCAUUGCAUUUCCUUCGAUUUUUCUCGACGACACUGGACAUAGAAGAGCAAGAAGUGCGAUUGUCCAGCCAAUCUUCGAGGAAGUGGACACCACGGCAGAGGAUGGCAAUGUCGUCGCAGUCUUGUGGUGGCAAAUUGACUGGGGUGUAGUCCUUUCGGGCCUACUCGAUGAAGAAGUUACUGGCAUUGUUGCCGUUCUUCGUAGCAGUUGUCAAGCAAGCGAUCAAACAAGCGAUUUAACUUACAGGAUCAAUGGACAACACUCAAUUUUGUUGGCCUCGCGGGACAUUCACAACAAAGACUUUGACGAAAUGGAGAUAUCCGAGUCUAUUAUUGAUUUUGGAUUCGACCAAUCAAACGAUCAAAUGGAAGAAUGUAUCCCCGCAGUGACGCUUCUUUUAUACCCAACAAAUGAUUUCCGAGACCGAUUUUUGACUGAGAAUGCCCUCUACUAUGUUGGCAUCGUUGUCCUCAUUUUCUCUUUCACCAGUUCUGUCUUCCUUCUCUACGAUCACUUUGUGAAGGAGCGACAAAAAGUGGUAAUGGAUCGAAUCACAAAACAAGAUAUCAUAGUGUCAAACGUUUUCCCAACUGCCAUCCGUGAUCGGCUUUACAAUGGCCAAGGCUCUCAGCACGACGAUUUACAUGAUCCAUUGGACUUUGGACCUUCGAAUAUCGUUGGAUCAGCUCCUCUUGCCGAUCUGUUCCCAAACACGACCGUUAUCUUUGCAGAUAUCGUCGGUUUCACUGCUUGGUCAUCCCAAAGGGAGCCUUCUCAAGUCUUCGUCCUCUUGGAGUCAAUUUACAGCGCAUUUGACAAAAUUGCCUAUCGUCACAGCGUAUUCAAAGUUGAGACGGUAGGCGAUUGCUAUGUUGCAGUGGCCGGGCUACCAGACCCCAAUGAAGAGCACGCGAUAGCUGCUUGCCGUUUCGCUCGAAGCUGCUUGAAGAAAAUGAAGGAGAUGGUACUCAAGCUGGAAGUCUCACUGGGACCAGAUACAGCUGACUUGGGUAUCCGAAUCGGAAUCAAUAGUGGACAAGUGACAGCUGGUGUUCUUCGAGGUGAACGCAGUCGCUUCCAGCUUUUUGGUGACACUAUGAACACAGCUGCCCGAAUGGAGCAUACUGGAGAGAGAAACCGCAUCCAUGUCUCCAAAGCGACAGCCGACCUGUUGAAGGAAUCUGGUCUAGAACGAUGGGUUUCCCCUCGAUCAAGUACCAUUUUCGUCAAGGGCAAAGGCGACAUGCAAACUUAUUUCAUCAAGGACACAAGACCCAAGAAAUCCAGGAAAAAGUCAACCGUGAACGGUGAUGUUUCAACUGUUGCAGAGACACUCGAGACAGCAGGGGAAUCUGAUGAACCUUCGGAUGAUCACUCUGAUGAUUCAGACGACGAAGAAAUCGAUUAUGACCUGGGAGAGGUGGAAGGAAUGUCAAAGACAGACCGUCUAGUCGAAUGGAAUGUCGAGAUUCUUACGCCUCUUCUUCAGCGAAUCAUAGCCUCUCGAGGUGGUGUAGUGCAAGAAAUUGACCAUAUCCGUGGAGUCGAAACCACAAUUGGGGAAGAGGGCACAGUGCUUGAAGAGUUCGCCCCCAUUAUUUCUUUGAAACGCUUUGAUGAAGACGAGGUUCGUAAUCGCAUGAAGUCGGGUGAAGUUGAAAUCAGCGAAGCUGCUCGCUCGCAACUCCGAAGCUUGUUGUCGAAUCUUGCCCUAUUGUAUCAAGACAAUCCGUUCCACAACUUUGAGCACGCUAGCCACGUGACAGCUUCUGUUAAGAAGCUUCUGAGCCGUAUUGUGAAGCAUGGAAGGGGCAAUGGACUUGAUCAAAGAUCGCACGAUGUCAACCUUGUCGACUUGGCUGGUCAUUCAUACGGAAUCACCUCCGAUCCAUUGACUCAGUUUGCAGUUAUAUUCUCCGCUGUCAUUCAUGAUGCAGACCAUCCGGGAGUUUCUAACGCACAGCUUGUUAAGGAAAAAACUCGAAAUGCACAAAUCUACAAGAACAAGUCUGUUGCGGAACAGAACAGCGUUGAUCUCGCGUGGCAAAUGUUGAUGGGAGACGAAUACAAGGACCUUCGCGCUUGCAUCUACCAGACCGAAGAGGAUCUUCGCCGUUUCCGACAGUUGGUGAUUAACACCGUCUUGGCCACUGACAUCUGCGACAAGGAGCUCCAGACUCUCCGCAAGACAAGAUGGGAGACCGCUUUCUCUGAAACUCCAGUUGAGGAAACAGAGCUCAUGCAAGUGGACCGUAAGGCUACCAUUGUGAUUGAGCACUUGAUCCAAGCUUCCGAUGUGUCCCACACGAUGCAACAUUGGAACAUCUACAAGUCGUGGAACAAGAAAUUCUUCAUGGAGUGCUACGGUGCCUACAGGGCCGGGCGAGCAGACAGUGAUCCUAGUGAAGGAUGGUACAAGGGCGAGAUUGGUUUCUUUGACUUCUACAUCAUUCCAUUGGCCAAGAAGCUCGACAGUUGUGGCGUGUUCGGUGUGUCUUCUGAUGAGUACUUGAAUUAUGCCCAAGCCAAUCGUGACGAGUGGGCCCGCGAAGGCAAGAACAUCGUCAAAGAGUUCUUGGCAGACUACGAGAAUGCAAACGCUCAAGAAAUUGAAUAA